AUGAGAAACAUUGGCGUGUUACGUCGUUUGCGCGCAUCAUCGGCCAACAACAAGACGCUUCUCUCCAUUAUUACAUCACAAACAUCAUCAAUUCUCUGCAAAACAUCUUCAUCAUCGUUCAUUCAAAAUCGAUGUUUUUCCUCUAGUCUCGGUUUGGUAAGAGAGAAUGUCAAAGACAACAAGCCUAGUACUGAAAAAUCACAAGAUGUAAAUUUUCCUUCAACAGCAAACGAUAGCGAUUUCGUUUCUAUCAUUGAAGAAAAGCAAAAAGGAGCAAAAUUUACUUCUGAAAUGUUCGAUACUCUCUUGUUGUACCUAAGAAAUCUUCCAACACAAAAGAGACAAAAAGUCAUACAUUGGCUAGCCACCGAAAAGAAGGAAAUGAAAUUGGUGAGAAAGAUUAAAGAAGCCUUCAUUGGCAUGAGCCUUCUUAAAGCCAACAUGAAUCUGCAAUUACCAAGAGCAGUUCAAAAGGAACGAAUUUGGGCCAAAUACAUCAACUUUGGUAUGAUUCCGGGCUCUCUCUCACAGCCUGCAGACAGUGCCUAUAAUAGAUUCAAGGUUAAAUAUCUAUAUGACUUGAGCAAAUUAAAAGGUCAAGCAGAGUUGGAUGACAUGGAUGAAAUGGUUGAUGAUGACGUUGCAAUUAAACGAGAUAUUGAUGAAGAUGAUGAAACAGAGGUACAAUACAGUUUGGAAGAGUCUUUGGAAGAGGACGUGGAGGAAAAUGCCAAGGAUAUUCAUGAAGAAUUGGCGAAGAUUGACGAUAAUGAAAUAUUCAACGCUCUGAGAAUUAAAAAAGAUUAUCUCAGAUUCCAUGAAUUGGUUCGUGAAAAAGUUGAAGAAGACCCUGAAAGAAUCUUACCAAUUGACUCUUUCGAACGCACCUCUGAAGACCUAUUCCAAUUAGGUAACCCCAAACAAAAGAGACUUCACAGAGAAAAACAAGAGUCAGAGGAUUCAAUUAAAGCUUUGAGCAAAAAGCUGUUGAAACAAGAAAGAGAGGACAUUACUGCACCAUAUUUUUUCUAUCAAUUUGAUGAAUCUCAAGUUGCCAAACAAAUGGAAAAUCUGCAGGCAAUUACUGAAGGAAAACCAUUGAAGCAUGAUGUCGGAGUUCAACUUCAACCAAUUUAUGACAAUUUUGCUGGUAUUGAAAAAGGCUAUUUUGGAGAUGUUGAUAUUGAUGCUGACUGGGAUGAAUCACUUUAUGAAUAUAAUGGUGAACCACCUGUCACAGCUCCUCUUGCCGACGACACCCAAGACCCCGAAGUUUAUCAUGGUCAAAAAGAUGCUAUUACAGAUGUUUCUUUCGAGGAAAAGGUUCUGAAGCUUUCAAGAAAUUGUAAAAUGACAACUGGUGGAAGAGUUGAGUCUUACAACUGCUUGUAUUUGGUAGGAAGUUACAGUGGUUUGUGUGGAGUUGGUUUUGGAGCCGCUGCAUCUCCUGCUGUUGCUCAGGCUAAGGCCAGAAAGGCAGCAUACAAGAACAUUAGAAGUAUUGAACCUGGAGCAUGCAUUCCACGUUCUCACUUAAUUGAAGGAAAGUUUGGCUCUUCAAAAAUUAGAAUUCAUCCAAGUACAAAAGAACAACCAACGGCCAACCCUAUUUUGAGAAAGUUAUGCGCAUAUCUUGGCCUUAAAUACUGCUCAGUAAGACUGUAUGGAAGCAGAAAUAUUUUGAAUGUCAUUCCUGCAUUCUUCAAAUGCAUCGACCAACUGAAAACACUCGAAAGUGAAGCCUCGAUGCGUGGUAUUAUGCCAGUCUAUGUGAAAAAGGAAUUUAAUGAUUACAUGGAAAGGGUAAAAGCAGGAAAAGGUUUGUAUGGAUGGUAA